UGGAUGCAACAUCUUUAUUACAUUUCAGGACUCCCAAUGGACUCUGUACAUGUUUUUACAUUCGGUAUAUGCUUUGCGCAUGCGCUUUGGAGGACACCGGUUCAAGGAACGGGGUAUUAUAGACGAAGUGACUUUGGGAGCAAUCGCUAUCGCAUAACUACUUACUCGGAUACAUUUUACUACCCACUGGCGCUUGUUCCUCCAUACCCCUCGCUGACCCACACACUCCAGCCGACACCCUUGGAACUGGGGAGGUCGGCCCGAUAUCGCACGCGCUAUAACGGGUAUAGGGGAUAUCGCAUGCCCAUGUUACGUCAUCUACCAGAUGAAGUGCAUAAUGUAGGAGCCGGUAUGGGGCCGGACUUUAUGGGCAGCUGGGUAGAGUCCACUCUAUCGCCUGUCCCAGAGGGUGCACGGCACGAUUCAGAACGGGCAGUAAGUGCUCUGGAACCUGCUAGAAGACAAGUUAUCACCGAUACCGUGCCGUACAGCAACCACGAUAUGACAAUAAAACAAACUAUUGGCCCAUUUGUCAAAAUAGUGCAAUGGAAUCAGGGUUCUAAAGAAAAGGAACUCUCAGAAAAUAAACCCUCUCAAUUCUUAAAGCAAAUAACAACAGACAAAAAUAUGACCAUUGGUUUUGGCAUUGUUGAUAAAGGAAGUGCUAUCAGCGACCAACUUUCGUUUCGAUUGAUCGAAAUUCCGGUAGGCAGUCUGGAAUUACCUGUACCGACACUCGACUUGAUGCUUGCGCCCGCAGUUCAGGCUUCUUUUAACAAAUCAAAAGUGGUAGUUGAUUUGUCGCCAUCCCCGUACUCCAUAGAGGGCGUGGAGUUUGCGAGUGUACGUCAGCUGGAAAAAGGUAGCAUCAACUCACCGUCAGAAAUGGUUCGGUCUAUGCGACAAAUGAAGGACAGUGGUCAAUCCAGUGAAGACAAAAUUACGGAACUCGUUCGCACAAGCGGCGAUACUCUAGACGGACUUUCGGACGGGAUAUUCUCAGUGUCAAAGAGCGCGGUCGACGGUAGCGGGUCACAAUCUAUGUCUAGCGGGGAGUUGUUGCAGGUACCAUUGACUGACGCUGUAAACGGCAACUUUAGACGUGACGCGAGCGCACCGAUCGGGUUCGAUUUGUUAGGGAUUGUGGAUCCAACGCUUGGGCCCAGCAUUUCCGACACUUCGACCGUUAUCGUGAAAGACGCCGGGUCUGAGAUUCUGGUAAAGUCUAACCUGUUUGAACAGGGAUUAAAUAGUGCAUCCAAUGACACUAGAUCUGUUGCAGAAACAACACAGGGGGACAGUUUUGGAACAGGAUUGCCGUAUAUGAAAUACUUGGAAGCUUUCGGACCAGGUCCGUACGGAAACUGCCGAAUUCCGGCGAGAGUGGUUUGCGGUGCGCAGAUUGGCUGGGAGACGGUGGUCGGCAUGGACGAGUGGUGCCGAAUGAACUGCGUUGUGUUCAUGUAUAGCACUUACUGUGACGACGGUCGCUGCCAGUGUAAAUGUACUUCUACGUGACCUUUACUUCGUUGACACAAAGAGCUUAUUGUAUGAUUCGCGUUCUGAGAAAA